GGCAAGCAAUCUCUCAACCGUAGGCGUUUGGUUGGAGGUUUUGUUCUGCUCGGUUAGGGGCGUCGUCGAUGGCGAGAUCGGGGAGGGGAGGAGGCGGCGGCGGCGGCGGUGGCCGAUGGCGGAGCACCGGCAGCGAUAUGGCGAAGGCAACGCGAUGAAGUGCAAGAGCCACCCGUACGAGCAGGGCGUCGGCGUUUGCGCCUCCUGCCUCCGGGAACGCCUCCUCGCCCUCGUUGCCGCCCAGAACGAGCUCUCCGCCAACCACCAUCGUCGCCGGAGAUCCGACCCACCCCCGCAGCCUCCGCCGCCUCUCGUGUUCCCCCGUUCCAGCUCCCCUUACGUUUCCCACCGUCGAUCCGUCGGAUUCGACGCCUCCCCUGCCCACCCCCACCCCCACCACAACACGCGGUUCUUCAGCACCCCGCAGGUCGGCCCCACCUUCGGCGAUGCGGCCGAUGGCGGCCGGUUCGGCGAGAUCAGCGGCGGACGCAGGCGCAGGUUCUCUUUUAGGACCUUCUUCGGGCAUCACAGGUCGGAUGAGGCGGAGCCCGGUUUGGGGGCUCCCAAGGCUUCAGCACCGGGUUCUUGGUUCUCGGCUCUAAUCCGAGGCCGCAGGAAGAAGGCGCAUCUCUCCUCGGCCACAGAUGAGGAGGAGGAGGCGCCACCGGUGGGAGCGCGGCGAUCGCGCCGAACAGUAGAGAGGGGAAUGCCGCCAACAAUGGAGUACGAGGACGACAACGACGACGGCAACGGAUACACCAGCGACAAGUGUCGGCGGAGGCCAACCCCGACGCCGAUGCGGCUGUUCCCAGCAGCCCACCGGCCACAUCGCAGCAUCAGCGCCGUCUCGGGCUUCUCCGCCUGCCUGAGCCCACUGGUGAGGUUCAGGUCCGACGCACGGAGAAGCCAUACGGCGGAGCCGGAGAUCUCCCGCGACAUCAGUAGCCCGUCGUACCCCAUCCAGCACUGGAACCCCGCCGCGCUCGGGCCCAACCUGUCUAGAAAUGUGGCGGCGUCCAAAAAACUCAAAUGACGACUUUGUCCCCUAACGAAAUCCCCAUUUUACCACGUCUGUCCUCA